AACUGGGGACAGCCAUCAACCAUGCGCAAUCGAGCGGUCCUCCCACCCCCUCUCCUUUUAUAUUCUCUUUUAUCUCUCUGUAUCGCUCUUUCUCAUUUGUCUCUCUAUUCUUUAGUUCCCUCCCUUUUCACUUCUUCUUCGUCUUGUUCUUUGUCUUUGUUUCUUCUGUUUCAGCCAAUAAUUAACUCUACAACUAUAGUGUAAUCCAGAGAUGAUGAAGUUAUAAAAAGAGUGGUAAAUAUGGUGAAUUUGAUGCAGUAGCAACUAGAGUUAUGAUGGAGUCAAGUGUCCCACCAGGAUUCCGGUUCCACCCCACAGACGACGAGCUUGUUGGGUAUUAUCUGAGGAAGAAGGUGGCUUCCCAGAAGAUUGAUCUUGAUGUUAUCACAGACAUUGAUCUCUAUCGAAUCGAACCCUGGGAUCUUCAAGAGAGAUGUCGGAUCGGAUAUGAGGAGCAAAAGGAGUGGUAUUUCUUCAGCCACAAGGAUAAGAAGUAUCCAACAGGGACAAGGACCAACAGAGCAACCAUGGCUGGUUUCUGGAAAGCAACGGGGCGAGACAAGGCGGUGUAUGAUAAUAAAUCAAAGCUCAUUGGCAUGAGGAAAACUCUUGUUUUCUACAAAGGGAGAGCUCCAAAUGGCCACAAAACUGACUGGAUCAUGCAUGAAUACAGGCUUGAAUCCGACGACAAUCGACCUCCUCAGGAGGAAGGAUGGGUCAUUUGUCGAGCUUUUAAGAAAAAAAUAAGUGGUCAAGCCAAGAGCAUUGAAGGGUGGGAGUCGAGGUGCUUCUAUGAUGAACCAAGUGGUCUCAGCUCCGUGAUUGAUCCAAUGGAAUACUUAUCAAAACAACCCCAGAAAUCUUUACCCUAUUGCAAAGAAGAGACAGAGUCAGAUAAUUUAGACUUUGUUUACUGUGAUCAGUUUGUAGAGCUUCCUCAGCUAGAGAGUCCAUCUUUGCCAUUAAUAAAUAAGCCAGUCUCCAUAUCUCUCAUAUCAGAGAAUAUAGUCAAUUAUGGAGAAGAAGAAGAAGAAGAAGCAGAUAAAAAAAGAAUGUGCAACGGCAACACCAAGAAAGUGACUGAUUGGAGAGCCCUUGAUAAGUUCGUUGCUUCACAACUGAGUCAUGAAGAUAGAUAUAAUAAUGGUGAUCAAGAAGGAGCCUCAAUCUCAAGCUUUGAUGCCAAUAACAGUAGUAACUCAGACAUGGAAGCAUUGCUGUUAUUGCAGAGUAGUAGAGAAAGGGACAAGUUGAAGGAGCUCUUGAAUUCAAGUACUUCACAUUGUGAGGUGGGAAUAAACAUAUUUGAUCAAUGAAAAGGAGAUGAUCAAGAGGCUUUAUCGCUUAAUUAGUAUUAAUUAUAAACAGUUGGUGCAUAAUGAGACAUACUUUUGUAAAAAAAUAUGGUUGUGAAAUGAGUGAAGAAAUUCUCUCUAUUUAUCUCUCUCGAAA